AUGGUGAAGGAGUCCCAGAAAAUCGUGGCCGUAGAUCAAGACAUACCCGUGAUAGACAUGUCCUUGGAGAGGUCACGAGUGUCCAUGCAGAUAGUCAAAGCUUGCGAGACCAUUGGCUUCUUCAAAGUUGUCAACCACGCCGUUGACCCGGACGUUACCUCCCGGAUGGAGCAAGAGUCCAUAAACUUCUUCGCUAAACCGGUUCUCGAGAAGAAAUCGGUCUUCGGUUAUGGAUUGAAGGACAUUGGGCUCAAGGGUGAUGUUGGAGAGGUCGAGUAUUUGCUCUUUCACACUAAUCCUCUCGUACUUUCUCAGUUAUCCUUUGGUAACGAAUCUACCAAGUUCGGUGUGUCUAUGAACAAGUGA